ACGUCAGUGAUGGGAAUGCUGGGAUAUGUGUCCGCCAUGCAUAUGAACCAUAUGAACCGCUCAUCCCACGGUCGUUGCAAGCAAUCCGUGUAGUUGGUGUUGUCACCAUGGUCAUGUGCGCGAUAUUUGGUUGUUCCAACCGCAGUGACAACCGCGGGAGAAAACGAUCAACUAACGGCCACUUCUUUUCGAUACCGAAGACCGUGGAGAACCAGUGCGAGCGCUCGAAAGCGUUGAGCACGAAGCGGCGCAGUUUAUGGCUGGCGCGCAUUAAACGUGCUGACUUAGACAUCGAGAACCCCAACCUGCGAGUCUGCGGCGUGCACUUCAUUACAGGAAAGCCAGCUAAACUGUUCGACGAGACGGACCCUGACUGGGCUCCGUCGCUUCUCCUCGGCUACAGUGCCAAGAACACGGACCCCUCACGACACAGACGCCUCGAAAAACGACGCGCCGUAAAGCGGCAGGCGGACGCCAAAAAGCGGGAAGCCGAAGCACAGAAACGGCGUGCCGAGGCCGACGCGGCAGCGUUAGGGAUCCAGCAGUGUGCCGAUCGGCCACUCUCGCCGCACCCGACUGGAGAAACCGACGCCGACGAAAGUGAUACAGGUGUUACAGUGCAGACAGAGAUGACCAUGGAGGACAUUCAGCUACUGGAGAAACAGUGCAUUUCACUGAAUGAACACCUCUAUGCCGCCCGUGUCGAGAAAGAGGAGCUUGAGAUGUCGGAAAAGUCACUAAGGAGUUGUGACAGAAAAGUCAUGUUCUACACAGGGAUGGCAAACUUCACUGUUCUCUCAGCUGUCUUUAAAGUUGUGGAGAGUGAUGUAUCCCACAACAUCAACAACAGCCUGUCAAAAUUCCAGGAAUUCAUCCUCUUCAUGACGAAAAUCAAGAUGUGA